GCGACCGCUGGAGCCUACUUUGAACUCUUGGGGAGCAGGAGGGGUCUUGACUUCCCCGUGUGCGUCUCACCCCAUGUGCACGUCGCAGCUCGCACUACUGCAGGUGUUGUUCCUGCUGGUCCCCGAGGGCGUCUGGUCUCAGCCCUCAUCCUCCCCGUCUGGGGCUGUGCCCACCCCAUCGGACGUGGGGCUGGGGUCGCCAGGCGGGACCCUUCAGUCCUCCUCGGAGGGCUCUGAAACUCCCUGGCCAGUGCCUGGGAUCUCUACUGUGGGCCCUACGGUAGUGACCCCCUCUGCACCUGGGAAUGGGACCGUAGACCUCUUCCCAGUCUUACCGAUCUGUGUCUGUGACCUGACUCCUGGUACCUGCGACAUAAAUUGCUGCUGCGACAAGGACUGCUAUCUACUCCAUCCCAGGACAGUUUUCUCCUUCUGCCUUCCAGGCAGCGUGAGGUCUUCAAGUUGGGUGUGUGUGGACAACUCUCUAAUCUUCAGGAGUAAUUCCCCAUUUCCUUCAAGAGUUUUCAUGGAUUCAAGUGGAAUUAGGCAGUUUUGUGUCCAUGUGAAUGAUUCAGAAUUAAACUAUUUCCAGAAGCUUCAAAAGGUCAAUGCAACCCGCUUUGAGGCCCUGGCUACAGAGUUUGGAGGCGGAUCCUUCACUUCAACAUUCCAAACCCAGUCACCACCACCUCAUUACAGGGCUGGGGACCCCAUUUUGACUUACUUCCCCACGUGGUCUGUAAUCAGCCUGCUGAGGCAGCCUGCGGGAGUUGGAGCUUGGGGGCUCUGUGCCGAGAACAAUCCUGCAGGUUUCCUGGAGAGUAAAAGUACAACCUGUGCUCGUUUCUUCAAGAACUUGACAAGUAGCUGCACCUUGGAUCCAGCCCUCAAUGCUGCCUCUUAUUAUAACUUCACAGUCUUAAAGGUUCCAAAAGGUAUGACUGAUCCGCAGAAUUUGAAGUUCCAGGUUCCUGUAACCCUUGUCUCAGAAGCUGAUCCUCCUUUCUUGUCUGGAAACACUUGUCAGAAUGUGGUUUCCCAGGUCAUCUAUGAGAUAGAGACGAAUGGGACUUUUGGAAUCCAGAAAGUCUCUGUCAGUUUUGGACAAACCAACCUGACUGUCGAGCCAGGCACUUCCUUAGAGCAACACUUUAUCAUUCGCUUCAGGGCUUUUCAACAGAGCAUAGCUACUUCUUUUACUCGUCCUAGAAGUGGAAAUCCUGGCUAUCUUGUUGGGAAGCCACUUUUGGCCAUAACUGGUGAUUUAAGUCACCCUAUGACCGUCUUACAGAGUCAGGGUGAUGGAAUAUGCUCUGUUAAGAGACAUGAAGUACAAUUUGGAGUGAAUGCAGUAUCUGGAUGCAAGCUCAGGCUGAAAAAGGUGGCUUGCAGCCACUUACAGCAGGAGACUUGUGAGGCUCUUCAUGGAAAGACCAGCCCAGAACUCGUUGCCAUCUUUGGUAAUGCUGACCCGGCCCGGAAGAGUGAGUGGACGAGGAUUCUCAGCAGCAACUGCAGUGUUUCGGCUAUGCAUUGCACUUCCUGCUGUGUCAUACCAGUUUCCCUGGAGAUCCAGGUAUUGUGGGCAUAUAUAGGCCUCCAGUCCAACCCACAAGCUCAUGUGUCAGGAGCCCGGUUCCUAUACCGGUACCAAUCCGUAAAGGACUGUGCAGACCACCAAGUACACAUUAGGUUCUCUACUUCUCAAGCUAGGAAGAACACAAAGAGCCCUGCCUCCAGCCCUUCAGCUUGUGUUUGCCUCACUAAAGUCUUGCAAGAUCUUCAUCCAUCUGCUCACAGGCACACUGAGGCCCAGCAUUGAAAGGAAUGUGCUCCUGCUGUCCCCUGGAUGAACUUGGGAAUAGAUGCCCUCUGGACUUGAGAGGAGCUGAAAACUGCUGGCUAAGGAUUUCAUCUCACCUCCCCCCAUUCCCUUGGGCCACACUCUGUCCGGGCAUGAGUGAGGAGAGCAACUCUUUCUAGUCAGUUUCCAAAAUGACUGUGGAAUCCCAGACCCCCAUUUUUUACUAGCAAAUGAUCCUACCGCUCAUUUCUGUAUUUUUCUUCCAUUGUGGUGAGGAGAAACAAAACUGAGAGCUUUGUUGUACUAAUUCCAGCAGCACACAGAAGCUGACAUGUGAUCACCUCAUGAUUAUCUAUGUGCAGGAGCUUUUAAAAAGUGGGGAAAAACUUUCAUACAUCACACAGUGGCAUUCAAAUAGAAGUACUUGGGCUCUUUUCCUGGGAGUGGAGCUAAACAUAGCAUGAUAAGUAAGAUCGGUUGGGAGCAUGGAAGGGUGUGAUGCCAGGAGCCAGAGGGUUGGGAGCCUAAAGUGACUGUAGUAGAAACACUGAAUGGGCAAAAGAGACACUAAGAUAUGGGGUAAGUAACAUGAGAGCUCAUUAUAUGGGGACUUGAAAUCCAGGCAGAGAGAACUGGGAGAUAGUCUUUUUUCCCCACACACAUAUUAAUCUGAAUCUAGAAUUGCCUUUUAAUAAAACAUAUACUUAGUUAUAAUAAAUCCUACUUCAUGAGCAGAAAAGCUAAUUGUAGAAGGCAUCUCUGAUGGGUUUAUCAUUUUGCCCACUCCAAGUACCCUGAAAGUAACCUACCUCCCUGGAGGAAAGUGGCAAGGUUCUCAUAGCAGUUAUUACCAAACCAGGAGGAAGUGCUUCUGUACAAGGAACAUUCUGCACAGGGGAGGUCGGGACCUGGGAAGCUGAUUGUAUGGUUCCCAGUAGAGUCCGUUAUGAAGAUGUUAAUGUGAAUUCAGCAGCCCUACCUCUAAAGAGGCCUGUACCAAAACAGACCACAAGCUACUGGAGUAUUCAGGGUCUCCAGUUUGGGCUUCUUAAAGGGGAAUAAGUGACAACCCUAUAUUAUGGGGUAGGAGACAUCUAGUUUACUCCCAAUAGCCUACAAGUCCUUCUUAGAAUCUGAUCCCUCUAUUUCUUUAUUCACAUGCUUAUUCCCAUGCCCAGGUGCUAUGAAACCAUCCUAUCUCUAUUUAUCUACCAAAAAAAUUUAACUCACAUACUGUGUAAGUCACCCUUUUAAAAUACAAAUCAGUGGUUUUUAGUAUAUUCAGAUUUAUGUAACUGUCACCACUAAUUCCAGAAUAUUUUCAUCACCCUAAAAACAAAGCCCACACUGAUUAGCAGUCAUUUCUCAUUUCCCCUUUCCCCUGGGUUCCUAGCAGUCAC